GAAGAAGAAAGAUGAAACAGCAAAACCAACAAUGGCGGCUCUCUGCAAUUCUUCUCUUCGUCUUGGUUGUGCUGACCAGGGCGGCGGAGGAUGAUAGAUUCGUGACCAGAGACGGCGUUCAUUUCAUGAUGAACGGCAGCCCAUUUUACGGCAAUGGAUUCAACGCUUACUGGCUAAUGUAUGUGGCCUCCGAUCCUUCUCAGAGAGACAAAAUCUCCACAGCUUUUCUGCAGGCCAAAAGCCAUGACCUCUCCGUCGGAAGAACCUGGGCGUUCAGCGACGGCGGUUACUCCCCUCUCCAGUACUUCCCUGGCUCCUACAAUGAACAGAUGUUUAAGGGAUUGGAUUUUGUGGUUUCGGAGGCUGGGAAACAUGGGAUAAAGCUGAUCUUAAGUUUGGUUAACAAUUACAAGGAUUUUGGAGGAAAAUCUCAGUAUGUGGAGUGGGCAAGAAACCAAGGACAAAAUUGUUCUUCCGAGGAUGAUUUCUACACAAAUGCUGUUGUCAAGGGCUAUUACAAAAACCACAUUAAGGCUGUUCUUACGAGGAACAAUACAUUUACUGGGGUUGCGUACAAGGAUGAUCCUACAAUUAUGGCUUGGGAACUCAUGAAUGAACCUAGAUGUCAAUCAGAUCUAUCUGGAAACACCAUGCAAGCUUGGAUCGCGGAAAUGGCUUCCUUUUUGAAAUCUAUUGACAAUAAGCAUCUAUUAGAAAUUGGACUUGAAGGGUUUUAUGGACAAGCAGACGCCAAGAAGCAGCAAAAUAAUCCCAAUUUCCAACUUGGAACCGAUUUCAUCGCAAACAAUCAAAUUCCCCAAAUUGAUUUCGCCACUGUCCACUCCUAUCCUGAUCAAUGGUUGAUUGGGCAAAGCGAUGAAGCUCAGCUCUCAUUCCUAAAAACCUGGCUCAGAAACCACAUUCAGGACUCCCAGAACAUUCUCCAGAAGCCAAUAUUCUUAGCGGAGUUCGGGAAGACCACUAAAGAUCCCGGCUACAACGUCGGCGCCAGGAACCAGCUGAUGUCCGCCGUUUACUCCGCCAUCUACGCCUCCGCUAGGGGCGGUGGCGCGGCGGCCGGCGGCUUCUUCUGGCAGCUGUUGACGGAAGACAUGGAUUCUCUCCGGGACGGCUACGAGAUCGUGUUCAGCGAGAGCCCCUCCACCGCCGACGUCAUCACCCGACAGUCGAAGCAGCUGACCAGGAUUCGUAAGAUGUUUGCGAGGCUCAAAAACCUGGAGAAAUGGAAGAGAGAGAAAGACAACAACAAUGGCAGCCGCCCUCCCGCCCGUAACUGAAUUAACGUCGUCUCCGACCGGUUAAAACUAUAGUAGUAGUAACGACAUAUAUUAUUCACCUAGCGAUUGUAUGAACUGAUGAGAAACUGCAUUUGAUUUGAGUAGCAUUGCCAUAUUUGUUCCCAGAA